CCGACUUGCUGCCGAGUGAACGACGGCCAACUUCGCUCCGUUUUGUUUCCCUUCGUUUCUUUCGUAGCCAAACGUUUUACAAGUUUGUUUGAUUUUUUUUAACCCAGCGAAUCUCGAGUUUCUAUUGAUUCGUUCAAAACCACCUGAGUUUCCUUUUUUUUUUUUUUUAUUUGAGCCAAAUCAAUUGGGGAUUAUCUUUUUAUUAACCAUAAAAAAAUAAAAAAACCUAGCAGUGAUUCACUUAAAAAAAAUUUGACGACCGUGCAUCAUUGGUGAAGUGUUUUUGUUUGUUUUCUGUGAAUGUGAAUGUGUGCGUUUUGAAUUUUUGCCCGCCAGUUGUUUGAAAACAAAAACAAAACAAAAGACACUCGAAGCCUAAAUUGAGCAGUUCAAUCUGAUAAGUCAACACAAGUGAACGAUUGGUUUUGAUGAUCAAAGGGGGUGGCGAGCGCACCAUGAGCUGUGCCCAAGUGAUGUACCAGCCGUACGUGCCCUACUUGUCGUCGUACGACCGGUCGGCAGCAGCCGCCGCAGCCGCCGCUGCCGCAACGGCCGCCGCCAACGGAGAAUCACCCGAAAAGAAAUAUCGACUACAUCACGAAGGAUUAGCCGACGGAGCGACAGACAACAUGGCCACUAAUUACGCAAGUAAUUACCUGCUGUUGAGAUCCAAUUAUCCGUCGGCUUCGACGUCGUCGGCCGUGCACAACGGGCCGAGUAGUAGCAACACAAACACGUCGGCUGGAACACCUGUGCCGGUGGGCUCUUCUCCGCCGUCUCCCGUGGCCGGCCCGUCGUCGUCUGCAACCAGCGGCGGCGUGUUGAUGCUGGAAAACGUUUCGCCAGUCGGCAAUCGUUCGGGAUCGUCUUCCUCAAAUUCGCAGCACCUGGCAAUGGUGCAACAACAUCAACAUCAUUUCCAGCAACAGCAGCAACAGCAACAACAGCAACAACAACAAAACGAGGAUAUCAAACGGGAUCUGUCGGACAUGUGCGGCCAGCCAUCGGGCCAACAAGACACUAUGCAAAUCGAUCACGACGCAGACGAAUCAGAAAUGAACAGCCAACAUCACCAACAGCACAAAGAGGCCCAAUACCUGUCGGCUAAUUGCGUCGUCUUUAUGAGCUAUUCGGGCGACACGGCAUCGGUUGUCGAUCAGCAUUUCAGCCGGGCGCUCAACGCGGCUCAAUCCGAUUCCGCCGGUAGUGGCAGUUCCUCCUACACGGACACUUCAUCGGCCAGCACGAGCAGUCAGAAGACAUCGGGCAUUUCGUUAGUUAAAAGCGGGACGUCGAUGGCCCAGAGGAGUUUCCCGCCGUCGUUUUGGAACAGCAACUACCAGCCGCCGAAAUGCCAGGUGCAGGUGCAACAGCACCAACAGCAACAACACCUUCACCAGCAGCAGCAGCAGCAGCAACAACAACAACAGUUGUACGGCGCUAUGGGUAGCCAGCAAUCGGCGGCGGCCAAUCAGCAGCAACAACAGCAACAACAGCACGACCUGUUCAGUCAGGCCGAGGCCUAUCACGCUCACGCAGCCGCUCUCAAUCAUCACCACCACCACCACGCAGCCGCCCAUCACCACGCCGCCGCUCAUCAUCACGCUCACCUGACUCACGCCGCCCAAUCAGAUCCUUGGACGCACUACUCUCUCAGUUCACAGGCCUAUUCGGCGCAUAAUCUUAGUGGAGGUUAUGCGGGUGUUUCCGGGGUAGCGGCAGCCUCUUCGGCUGCCGCUGCCCGUUUUGGGACCCACCAUCAAUCCUACGGCUCCUUCCUGCUCCAUCAAACUGCCAAUCCGGCCAGCCAUCGAGUUUUACCGGCGGCUGCGGCGGCCGCCGCCGCAGCCGCUGCCGCAGCGGCCCAUUGUUCCAUCAAAUCGGAACCGUGGACUUCUGUGUCUCACCACCGUUACGGCCAUCACCCGCAUCAUCCUCACGCUCACCAUCCAGGUGAUCCCCUCGCCCUAACAGCUCAUAGCGACCUGUCGACAGGUCAUCAUCACCCGGCCAUCGAUGCCGCUUCCUACACUGCCGGUCACUCCUACACCAACAUGCCACCAGGUUUGGAAGCCGGGCAGGUACAACAAGAACCAGGCAAAGAUCUUUACUGGUUUUAGCGGCGGUGUUUCGAUUGCGAUCCGCCGGAUGGAAUCGACAAAGAAAAAAUCACACGAUUUCAAAGAAAGGGGAAAAAAAAAUUUGUUUGUUUGUUUUUUUUCGCCAAUGAUUUCAUGUCAUAUAUAUAAUAUCCAAUUUUCAUUUGCAUAUGCUAAUAAUUUCAUAUAUGUGUGUGACCGUACUAUUUUACAUGUUUUUUGUUUUUUUUGUUUUGUUUUUUUUUCAAUUUUUUUCCCCUUUUUUUUCCCGUUUGUGCGUGUGUCAAUUUUACUCCCCACAAAAAAAAAUUGGGACGUCACCGGUUCGUACUUUUUUUUAAAAAUCAAACCCAAAUGACAAGCUAAUAAUCUUAUACAUAUAUAAUAUAAACCUUAUAAUUGAAACCAUCUGCGUGUACUAGUUUUGAUUUACUAUUCGGCCCGUGUUCUUUUCAAUCUGAAUAAAUUUAACGAUUCGAUGAGGAAAAUUCAUCCCCCAUUUAAAAAAAAAGAAAAAACAGUUCAUUCGGGUGUUGUAUAUUGUUAAUCC